CGCCCCUCCCUCGGCGGCGGCGGGCGGCGGGCGGCGGCGUGGACGGCGGGCGGCCAGGACACGAUGUUUGCCCGCGGGUUGAAGAGAAAGUGCUCGGACAGCGAGGAGGACGCGGAGGGCGCCCUGGCCACGCCGUGCUACAGCCUGCAGCGGCAGUCGCUCCUGGACAUGUCCCUGGUCAAGCUGCAGCUGUGCCACACGCUGGUCGAGCCUGACCUCUGCCGCUCGGUCCUCAUCGCCAACACGGUCCGGCAGAUCCAAGAGGAGAUGACCCAGGACGGGGCCUGGCUGGCGCCGGCGCCUCAGCCUGCCGGGCGGGGGCCGCGGGGCCGCCUGGUGUCCACGGAGAUCCUGUGCCGUGCGGCGUGGGAGCAGCAAGGGGCGUGCCCGGCAGCCAGCCUGCCCCCGGAGCUGCCCGCGGGGCCCUGUGCGCCGGUGCCCAGGAGCGCGCCGAGCUGCGUCUGGGACGCGGACAGCCCCCGAGAGCACAGAGGGGGCUUUCAGAAGUCGCUGGAUCACAUAUUCGAAACACUGGAGAGCCGAGCCCCCAGCCCCGUGGAAGGGCUGUUUGCGGACGUGGACGGCCCCUACUACGACCUGGACGCCGUGCUGACGGGCAUGGUGGGCGGCAAGUCGGGCCCCGCUGACGGGCUGGAGGCCUUGGGCCCCGCGGGCGCCCCACCGCCCGGCGCCGGCUGCAAGCGGGGUCUGGGCGAGCGGGGCCACGUGGUGGGGAUCCUGGUGGAGACCUGAGCCCGUGGUGUGGGCUGCCAGGCCACGCGGCCACAGACACCCCAGAGCGCCCUCGGUCCACCCACCGGGUCAGCCCUGCUCCCCAGCGAUUCCAAGACCCUCCCGGAACCGUGCCCAGUCUCCCCACUGCCCCCCCCGCCCCGGGGCUGGGCGGUUUCCUGCAGGCGGGUCCCCGCCGCCCCGGUGCCACCAGCCGGGUCUCCUCCACGCGAGUGCCCCAGUGCCGCGGAGGCCUGGGCUGUUCGACGUUAGAUAGGCAAAUUUUUUUAAAUUAAGUUUUAUAUGUUCUGGGCAAUAUUUUGGCUUAAGAUAUAUUUUUUAAACUUUUUAUACUUUUAUCUCUUUAGACUUUUUCAGCUAUUUUCUUAAAAGUAUAUUUUUUCUAUAAACAUCCUCUGCUGCUAAUUAGAAACGUUUAUAACCCGAAAACUGGCAGUUGGUGUGUUUACUUGUUAAGGGCUCGUUCUUCCGCACAGUUGUCACUCCCGAAGCCGCAGGGCACUCGGGUCGGCGUCCGGCUGUGGACCCAAGGGACUGCCCGUGG